AAUCAAAUACUGAUCCAUCAAACUUCAUGCAUUACAUUCCCUUCAGUAGUUAUAUUGUAAGAAUUAUGUGUUUAUAAGAGGGUGUUUAUGAAAAAAGAAUGCAAAACCCCUUCCAUUUUCUCACCAUCUGAAACCCUCUUCUUCCUCGCCGGACGCCAUGCUCGCCUCCAGAGCUGCUCGCCGGUUCCUUUCCUUCUCUCGCUUCGUCUCCCCUUCGAUUCCACUGCGCCAUCUCCACCAAGGAGCUCCGAGACUCGACGGCAAUGCUUCAAUCCACCCCUAUGCGAUCAUUCAUCCCGGCGCCGUUCUCGGCAAGGCUGUUUCAGUUGGUCCCUUCUGCACUGUUGGGUCUGCUGCGAGGAUUGGUGAUGGCUGUGAAUUGCAUCCUGGUUGCCAUGUCGUGGGGGACACUGAGUUAGGUGAACGCUGUGUUGUACUUAGUGGGGCUAUUGUUGGUGCAGAUCUUCCAGGGCGUACGAUCAUUGGUAGAAAUAAUGUUAUUGGGCAUUAUGCGGUAAUUGGAGUGAAGUGCCAAGAUUUGAAGUACAAGCCAGGGGAUGAGUGUUUUCUUAUUGUUGGUGAUAACAAUGAGAUCAGGGAGUAUACUUCCAUUCAUCGGUCUUCUAAAUCAACUGAAAAAACGGUUAUUGGUGACAACAAUCUUAUCAUGGGAUCUUGCCACAUUGCCCAUGAUUGCAAAAUUGGGAAAAAUAAUAUUUUUGCUAAUAACACCUUGUUGGCUGGUCAUGUUGUGGUGGAGGACUACACCCACACCGCUGGCUCUAUUGUCAUUCAUCAAUUUUGUCACAUAGGAUCAUAUUGUUUCAUUGGUGGGGGUUCUGUGAUUGCACAAGAUGUUCCAAAGUAUAUGAUGGUUUCUGGAGAUAGAGCAGAGCUUCGUGGCUUGAAUUUAGAAGGCCUUCGGCGUCAUGGUUUCUCAAGCAUGGAGGAGAAUUUCAUUGUGAAUAGGGCCUUCAAAAAUACCCUGCAGCACGCGUUAGGAUCAGGCAAAUGAAAAGUCAAAGACUUACCAUCUCUGAAAAGAUUUGCUAGCUAUUUGAUUACUUGACUUGAUUUCAAUAGCUCUUACUAACUUUUACAUAGAUGUGAGAAAUGAACAAUGACAUCUGACCUAUUGUAAAUCAAAUUGGUAUCAGAAACUAAAAGAUAUUUAUAUGGUUAUGGAAUUUGGAAGGGUUGUGAUAGUCAAGAUUUCAAGUGAAUUAAAUUUUAAAUGAGCAAUUUCUAGACAAUUGCUGACUCUUUGGUCACUGUGAGCUGCAUUGAGAGCUUUUCUCUACACAUUUUGCUUCCACAAAAAAUGCUAUUUGAAAAUGUAUGACCCUGUUUCAGUGAAAUAUCGCGUUACUAAUUUAUUUCACAUUAACCUAAGUAAUAUGUCUAUAUUUUUAUGCAACUGAUUAUUUAAGGACUGUUAA